CAACUGAUGAUGCUGUCAGUUGUGGAGUUAUGCUUGAACUUCUCCGUGUUCUUUCAAUCUCCCCAACACCAUUAGAACAUGAUGUCAUUUUUCUCCUAAAUGGUGCUGAAGAAAACUUACUGCCUGCUAGCCAUGGCUUCAUCACGCAGCAUAAGUGGGCAAGUAGCAUCAAGUCUUUCAUAAACUUAGAAGCUGCUGGAGCUGGGGGAAGGGAACUGGUUUUUCAAACUGGUCCAGAAAAUCCAUGGUUAAUACGUACAUAUGCAAAGUAUGCCCCCCAUCCAUUUGCUUGUGUGCUUGCACAAGAAAUUUUCCAGUCCGAACUCAUUCCUUCAGAUACUGAUUUUCGAAUCUUUCGAGACUUUGGCAAAAUUCCAG